AUGUUGAACAAAACAAGGAGAAUUUUUUUUAGUACAGCAAAAAAUAGCAAUUUAUAUUUAUCUCUAUCUUCAUCAAGUGAAUCUAUAUUUAGAAGUCAAAUCAUAAAACGAGCUUCUUUCCCAGGAAUUGAAGGAUAUUUUACUAUAACAAACAAUCAUAGUCCUCUAGUUACAUUAUUAAGAAAUGGAAUAAUAACUGUUGAAUUUGAUGAGAAAGAAAAAAAACAGUUUUUUAUAUCAGAUGGAAUAUUUAUUUAUAAGAAAAGUAAUGACAAUAACAACAAUAAUAAUGCAGAGGUUGUAGGUGUUGAAAUUGUACCUUUAGAAUAUUUAGAUAAAAACAAAACGAUUAAAGUUUUACAGCAAUUGUGUGCAAUAAAUGACACUACUGAUGACAAAUGGAGAAAAAUCAAAACUAUGUUGGGAAAAGAGUUGUGUUCUUCAAUUCUUAGAAUUACUUCAUAA